AUGAUGGCGACAGAAACGGGAAAGAUGUCUUUUGCCAAGGUGGCCGCGUCUGCAUCGAAAAAGGAUCUGCCAACGACUACGAUGUCCCAACAGGACUCCUCCAAAUCCCGGCACGAUAGCGCACCCAAUGCCGCCAACGGCAAGCCUUCCCCAUCGACGGGUAGUGUCAAGCCGCCGAAGAAGCCGGUUGCUAUCCCAGAAAAGCCAGCGGCCUCAACACCAGCUGUCCCAAAGAAGACAGAGGCAGCGACGGCAGGGAAGUCCGUUGCAGACGGCUUAGCGGAGCUGCAAAUCGCCCCUACAAACCCAGGUCUGGUGCUGGAUGAUGCCACCCUGGAUGCGGCUGCCGACGGGCAGGCAGGCACAGCUGGCACGUCGAGCACCGCUGCGAGUGCUGCCGUCAGUGCGGCUGCUAGCGCCACAGCCAGUGCCAACCAGACCACGCCGUCUUCGUCUGACGAUGUGUCGCAGAAGGCGGAUUCCAGCUCCGAUCUGGACACGAAGCCGCCGAGUCUGGACGGCAAGAGCAUCACAUCCGGGACGACGUUUAAUGCUCUCGACGAAAAGGAGUCGCUGCGCCCGGACGACAGCGCCAGCGUGAAGGCGGCCGCCGACGAAGACGACUCGUUCUCAGUCCGUCGGUCGUUGCUCGUGUCCUCGCGCAUGGGGUCGGAUGUGGCUGCGCGCGUCCAACGCAUCCAGCUCGGCGACAUGCCACCCCGCCUCGUCCCACUCACUAGCCAGGAGCCCGCGGUGUCGGGUGUGGCGACCCCGCACAGUAUCUCGUCCGAGCAGCAGCCCGUGACGGAGGCCCGUGUGCAGCUGGCCACCAGCACGUCCACGCCCGGCGGCCUGAACGGCCAGAACCCCGACGAAAAGCUGCUCGAUGCCAUGGCUUCGCAAAAGAACCGCGUCUUCCUCCUCCGGCUCGAGAGCGAGGUCGUCGAUUUUGUGCAGAACUCAAAGGAGCCCUUUAUGGACCUGCCGCCGAGCAACUCAUUCUGCCGCAUGCUCACGCACAAGCUGGCCGACUACUAUCACAUGACGCACUCCUUUGAGGCUGUGGCCGGCUCAGUGCGCAUCUACCGCACGCCGUUCUGUCGCGUGCCGCCGCCUCUGGCCAGCUUCGUGCCCGUCAACACACCCGAGAGCACGAACGCUCCCCCACAGAUUGUCAAACCGAGGAAGAUUAUGCGGCGUGGCGAGGAGUUCGACCAGCCGGCGAGUACCGGCCCCUCCAAGCCCACGUCUGAAGACGGCAGCGACUUGAAAGAAAAGGCACCGCCUGCCAAGGAGAAGAUGACGCGCGAAGAGCGCGAGGAAGCCUACAACAGGGCCAGGGAGCGCAUCUUCGCCAUGCCCACCGAAUCGUCCACGCCCGAAAACGACGACGGUACCGGCAUCUCGCGCGCCAGCUCCGUCUCCGCCAAAGACAAGGCUGCCCAGGGCAAAAAGGCCAAGACGGCCAAGCAACGCCGCGACGACUCGGAGAGCUUCGACUCGCGCUCGCAGUACACCCCAUUCUACCACCACUCACAACAGGCCACCUGGGUCAACCCGCAGUUUAUGCCAACAGGAAACCUAGCGAGCUUCCCCUACAAUGCCCAGCAGCAGCACCAGCAGCAGCACCAGCCGAACCAGCCGACUCAACCGAACCAGCCGAACCAACAGCCACACGGGCCGCAGUAUCCAAACAACAUGCAACCGCCAAUUGCAUACGGCACACCGCAGACCGCGUAUCCGCCUGUCGUUUCCAGCAACGGCCCUGUCCCACCGGCAAAUGGAAUGGCUCAUUAUCCCCCCCAACCUGGCCCGCCACACCAUCCCGGGUCGCAAAAUGGACCACACCCAUAUCUCUACGGACCUUCUGGACAACCAGGCAAUGCAGCACCUCCACAGCACUGGCAACAGCACCAACAGCCCCAAAUGCAGCCGCAGCCUUAUAACAACGGCGCUGCCUACCCAUCGCCACAAGCGCGGUCGGUAGCUCCGAAUAGUGCCCUCCCAGCUGGCAUGACCUACGCGUACGGCCAACUGCCGGCGCAUUACAAUCCUAACGACCCAAAGGCGCAACAUCCCAUCCCCGGCAGCUACGCCGGAACGUAUACCCGCCAUGGCUUCAACCCCAAGACGCAAUCGUUUGUGCCAGGAACGGGCCCGAUGGCGAUGCCCAUGGCGAUGCCAAUCCCGAUGGCCGGUCCCCACGGCGCAUAUGGCGCGACCAACGGUCCUGGGCCUGUGCCGAUGGGAAUGAGCCCUGGGCAGAACCAAGGCAGCAUGCCCUAUAACAACGGCGGCUAUCAGCAGCCCAGUCUGUCGACGUCGCCGUACGGCAGCAGCACGACAUCGAGCUAUGGCAUGAUGCGCCAGGGAUCAGGAAGCUCCACGUCCGCCUACCCGAUGGGACAGCAGCCGUACCCAGGGCCUGUGGCCUACCAUGACCCAUAUGGCAACACCCUGGCACACGGACCGCCACUCCCCGGCGCACCUGGCCCUGGCCAUCUUCCGCCUCCGCACGGCCCGCCACAUGCAGUUCCCCUUGGCGCUCCCCUUGGCGCUCCACGAGGACCAUCUCAUUACAAGAUGAAUGCUCCGCACAGUGCCGCCCAGGGGCCCAAAAAGUCAAACGGUGCACCAGCGCCAAAGGGGCCUGGCCAGUCGAAUGGCACAUCACAGAGCCAAAAGGGUUCGGGCCAGGCGUAUGGAAACCUGCCCAACUACGGCAAUCCGGCAACCCUGCCGCAGAAGCCCACGUCUGCAUAA